GUCGUUAGGAGGAAACAGUCAUUUCUGUCCACCUCAUUUUUAGACGUCGUUUUAUGACAAACGGGACGAUGACAACUUGCGCCAACUUCCGGUCCGUUUUUGAUUUGUUCUCAAAAGAAGAGGCUUUGGAGCUGAGAGAGGUGAACCCUGUCCUGAAGGAGGCUUUAAACGCUGACUCAGCUGCAGAGUAUGUGGAAGACAAAAGUUCAGAUCAUGAUCAGAGGAGAGAAGCCCAUUUGCUCAGAGAGGUGUCAGAUAAACUGGUCUGCUCUGCCUGUAAAUGUUCCUUUAAUAAUCGUGAGGAACAGAGGGAGCACUACAAGCUCGACUGGCAUCGGUUCAACCUAAGACAAAAGAUGGCAGGAUUAACGCCUCUCACAGCAGAAGAGUUUGAGAAGAAAACGGGAGCAGGAGACCUGUCCAGUAUCUCAGGCUCAGAGUCCGAUUCAGAACAAGAGGACUUGGAUAGCGAUAGCGGCACAAUGGGGUGCAAUGUCUCCGGCACAGAUAAUGAGAGCUCAGUUGAAUCUAAUUUAAUUACUGGUCGACUUUCCACUAAAGUGUUUUUUCAGAACUCUGCAGGAGAGUAUCUGUCGGUCUAUCGAAGCGUGCUGUUCAGAAAGUCAGAUGAAGCAUUUGAUCCAGUUUCUUCCUUGAAGUCCAUAAACCAAAAGACUCUGUGGGUCAUUCUCAUGACAGGAGGAGGCCACUUUGCUGGUGCUGUGUUUGAAGGAAAACAAGUAGUCCUUCACAAGACCUUUCACCGAUACACUGUGCGAGCAAAGAGAGGCACGGCUCAGGGACUCAGAGAUUCCCAGAACCGCAGUCACGCACCAAAGUCUGCAGGAGCAGCUCUGAGGCGGUACAACGAGGCAGCUCUCGUCAAGGACAUUCAAGAUCUUCUGCUAACCUGGGCUGAACACUUGAACAAAGCCUCCGCAAUAUUUGUGCGAGCGCCUAGCUACAACAAGACCAUCUUUAUUGGUGGCCGCGGAGCACCCCUUGAAAAAAAAGAUCCCCGAAUCCGUUCCAUUCCUUUCGCUACACGCAGAGCCACAUUUCGAGAGGUACAGCGGGUGCAUGAGUUCCUUUCUACGGUUCACGUGUAUGGGAAAGACGCAGACAUGUCUGCAGUGUUUAGUCCAUGUAAGAAGACGUUGAAAAACAUCAAACCUGCAGCACAAAAGAUCACAGAUCAGGAGGAAGAGUUAUUGCUGGCGCCAACCGAAGAAAAGCAGGAAAGCUCAGAAGAAGAGGGAGGGGAGAUCCAGCUGGAGAUGGUGGAGCUCACUUUAGGAACCCUUGACCUCAGGGAGUCUGAAAUUUAUCCCCCCAGGCGCAAGAAAAGGAGGCAGAGAAAGAAGGAGGCAGCCAAACAACAAAAUGAUGAAAAGAGUAAUGAUGAAGCAUAUGAUCAACAAGAAGCAGUUCCAGAAGCAACGCCAGCAGAAGACGACGCUCAACAGAUGCAGACUUUGAAAAAGAACAAGAGGAAAGCACAGAGUAAAAAACAAGAAGAUGAUGUUGACUCGAGCGAAUAUGGCUUGAGGGAUGCGCUGUUUACAGCAUGCAAAAUUGGAGAUGUAGGUUCUCUCUGUAGUCUUCUUCAGCUACCUCAGGAGGUAGAAGAGAAUUGUGAAAAGAUGGAAAGCAAUCCUUCUACGUUUCCAAGUCCUUUGAGUCUCCUUAAUAAGCCUAUAGACUCAUCAGGGUUCACUUUGCUGCACGUUGCUGCAGCAGCUGCACAAAAGGCUGUGGUCUGGCUGCUCCUUGAUGCAGGAGCAGAUCCUGCCUGCAGGGAUAACAAAGGCCAGACACCGUAUAUUGUCACUCCCGACAAAGACACAAGGAGCGUCUUUCGUAAAUACAUGGGUGAGAAUCCCGAAAAGUACAACUACAGCAAGGCACAGAUCCCCGGGCCGCUAACGGCAGAGUCUGAAUUCAAAAAGGCUGAGAAGAAAAAGGCCCAAAGGGCUCAAAAAAGACAGAGAGAUAAAGAACAGAAGGAGGAAAAGAGGAAGCAGGAGUUGGAAGAAGAAGAAAAGAGGAAGUUUGCAUCUCUGACAGACCGGGAAAAGAGAGCUUUGGCAGCAGAGAGGAGGUUGGCAGAGCAAGUAGCUGCAGCAGGAGUUGGCGCCUCUUAUGUCAAGAGGUGUUGGCAGUGUGGGGAAUCUCUGCUUGCAAAGAUCCCAUUUCACUACCUUGAGUAUUCUUUCUGCUCUCCACGUUGCGUUCAAGCACAUCGACAAGCAAACCUUGCCCCGGGCAAGACUUAACAUUCAUUUGAAAAACUUUUAAUUAACAGGAAGCUGCCUCAUUAAAACUAUUUGAGCAUUUUGCUCUUUGGAACUUUGUUUUGCACUUAAG